CUGAGACCCAGGUUUCAGCUCCAGACCAGACUUGCCUCCUCACAUUUGUGGACCUGCACUCUGUGUCUUUCUAGGUGUCUUCUCGUGCUCUGUGAGGACGAUGAGUGUAAAGCUGUGGACAGAGGAGCAGUUUAACUGCCCCGUGUGUCUGGAUCUGCCCAAUGACCCCGUCACCAUUCCCUGUGGACACAGCUACUGCAUGGCCUGCAUCAAGGACUACUGGAGCCAGGAUGACCCCAACGGCGUCUACAGCUGUCCACAGUGUCGCCAGACCUUCUGCCCCAAACCCAACCUGAGCAGGAACACCAUGCUGGCCGAAGCCGUGGAGCAGCUGCGUAAAUCUGGGGGGCCUCGCCGAGCUUCCUCCGCCAAACCCAAGGGGAAGCUGAGCUCCUCCGAGGUGUCAUGUGACCUGUGCAAGGACCAGCAGAGGGCGGCGGUGAAGAGCUGCCUGACCUGCAUGAGCUCCUACUGCGAGGCCCACCUCAAGCCCCACAAGACCAAGAAGAGCCUGAAGCCGCACGAGCUCAUCGCGCCCACGGGGAACCUGGCGGAGAAGAUCUGCACGCAGCACAAGUAUCUGCAGGAGUUCUUCUGCCGCCAGUGCAAGGUGUUCGUGUGCUGGCUUUGCACCAACAACCUGCACAAAGGCCACGAGUGUGUGUCCACCAAGGUGGAGCGGCUGGAGAAGCAGAAAGUGGUGAGUGAGCUGCAGGUGAAGAACCAGCAGAGACUGAAGGACAGAGAGCAGGAGCUCAAAGACAUGAGGAAGAUGAUGGAGGGGAUGAAGCGUUCGUCAGAGCGCGUCCAUGACGACCUGGAGGAGGCGCUGUCGGAGCUGCAGCGCUCGGUGCAGCGUCUGCAGGAGCUGCUGGAGCAGGUUCUGGACCAGGCUGAGGAGGAGAAGAUGGUCCAGGCUCAGGAGGUCACUCAGAGUCUGGAGGCCGAGAUCAAGGAGCUGAAGAGGAGGGACACGGAGAUGAAGGACAUGACUCGCUGUGAAGACCACAUCCACUACCUGCAGGCGUACGAGACGAUGUCCGGUCCUCUGGAGUCAGGUGACCUCCCCGCGGUGACCGUUAAUCCAGAAGCUUCUUUUGAACCUGUACGAGAAGCUGUUCUGGAUCUGAGGGACCGGGUCGAGGAUCUGUGCAACCAGGAGCUGGGGAAGAUCUCCAAACAAGUCAAUGAAACAACUCUGUUCACUCUGGGAGACGUCAGUCGCGGCUCAGGAGCAAAAGCCGGGAUCAUUAAAUUGUUCUCUGGUCUGAGUUCUCGCAGCGCAAACAGUCGAUCGCCCACUUCUUCACCAAAUGUUUCAGCUGGAGUUCGCAGCACAGACAGACGAGGUUUAGGUCUCAGGACUCAGGAUGUGAGGAGCAGAGAAACUCCACGAGCGAGGGAGACAAACCCAAGACCCAGUCCAACACCUAACCGCAGAGAGUCCUCACAGUCCCAGGGGAGCAGGUCUGGUCAGAACCAGACCCAGAACCAAACCCAGACCCAGGCCCAGGCCCAGAGCCACAGCCAGAAUCAGAACCAGGGUCCAAGUCCAACACCCAACCGCAGAGAGUCCUCCCAGUUCUUAUCCACUAGAUCCACUCAGAGCCAGAGCCAGAACCAGAACCAGGGACGCAGUCCCACUCCCAGCCGCAGAGAGUCCUCCAUGUCCCUGUGGAGCAGGUCCAGUCAGAACCAGCUGAGUCCUGGUGCAGCUCAGACCUCCUCCACACCUGCAGCUCCUGCAUCAUCAGGAGGUUUCAGUCGCAUGGCGUCCAUCAGCAGCCUCUUCCGCUCCAAUCGACGAGGAACCAACCAGGCCACUCCCAUCAGCAACUCUUCAUCCUCCUCAUCAUCAUCAGGAGCAGGAAACCCAUGGUUGGACACUCUGUCAGAGACGCCUACAGAAGUGAACCCCGCCCUGUUCUUGGACUCUCCCAGUCCUGACGUCAUGAAUCACGCUCCUGCGUUUCCAAUCUUGAGAGAAAUCAGCAUCGACAGCAUCCAGGCCCCGGAGCCCAGGGCCAGAGACGAGUUCCUGCAGUACUCUGUGAUGUUGACCCUUGACCCUAACACCGCUCACCGCCGCCUGGCUCUCUCUGAGGGGAACACCAAAGCCGCCCUGCAGGGGGCAGCACAGCCGUGCGCCGACACGCCGCAGCGCUUCGACGGCUGGACUCAGGUCAUGUGCCAGAGUCCGCUCAGCGCCCAGCGCUGCUACUGGGAGGUGGAGUGGCGGGGGCGGGGCUCGUCCGUGGGCGUGGCUUACGGCGCCCUGAGCAGGAAGGGCAACGACGCGCGGUCCGGACUCGGCUACAACGCGCGGUCCUGGACCCUGGAGCUGUCGGACACGUGCUGCACGGCCAUGCACGACAACGAGAAGCGGGACAUCCCCGUCACGUACUCGCCGCGCGUGGGCGUCUACCUGGACCUGUCCGUGGGCACGCUGGAGUUCUACAGCGUGGCGGAGAACAUGACGCUCCUCCACAGCUUCCGCGCUAACUUCACGCAGCCGCUAUACGCCGCCUUCGGCGUGGGCAGCGGCGUCGGCGUGGGCCUGGACUUCGCCCUCGGUCAGUUCACGUCCAGCACCGACAGCGUCAAGAUCUGCCCCAUGUGACACCGCGGCCUCUGUGGGAUCUACUGACCUCUAGUGGUGCAGCUGCAUGUUGCAGCCCCUUCAAUACUUCGUGCCUCACACUGAAAGUCACUCUUUGAGAGCCGGUGUUUGAUUUGUCCUCUCUGGGCUUCUGUACAAACAUCGAUUUAAAAGAAAAUAGCGAUUUUAAAGAUUGUAUUCAAUUUC